UGCUUAGCACUUGGCACUUACAAAUCCUUGGUUCCCCCCUCUUAUACUGAAGGAGAAAUUCCAAUCAAACACGGGGUUGAAACUAUACAGAAUGGACCAACCUAGCGUAACAAGGAUAGGAAGGAGCAAUAAAGGUGCAGCCACAACGCCGAGGAUCCAUCACACACAGCUAGCUAGAAGAGGAGAACAGCAAAAUAUUUUCUUUGAUUUCCUCAUUGAUUAGCAACUUUAGCCAGAUGGAGGUGAUUAAUGCGACUUUAGUAGUUUGCGGUUGCUUAGUGUUUGGUGCUGUGGAGAUCAAAAGACUACUCCGCAGUAAACCCGGGGAGAAACUACCUGAUGAUAUCAUGGACAUUGUGCCCUGGAAGAAACUACCUGACGAUGUCAUAGAGAUGAUUGUGCCACACCUGAGUGUACGUGAUCGUAUACGAUUAAGCAGUGUUUGCAAGCCUUGGAGCUCAGCUCCUAUGCGCACCGACAUCCCUAGUGCUCAACAUCAGCUUCCCUGGUUAAUAUUCCCUCAAUCUUGCCAUAGCUACUUGAGCUUUUUCGACCUCUGUGAAGGUAAAGUUGGCAAGUUGGACCUGCCUGAACCAGUUCAAGGAGGGUGGUUUCAAGGAUCGUCAAAAGGUUGGAUGAUUAUGAUCACGGAAAAGGAUCUGGAUUCUACAAUGUUUCUUGUGAAUCCAAUUUCAGGAGCCCAGCACCAACUUCCACAUUUGAGCACGACUCCAUCUUUCCAGAGCUUUGUAGACACAACCACAUGGAAACGCUAUGGUGCUUCUGCUUUCUGCUAUAGCGUUGUGUUAUCUACCUCAGAUAUUAAUUCAGAUCAAUUUAUGGUUGCAGCGUAUCAAGAUGGGUCCACAAUGAUGAAUGGGCAUCUAUGUUGACUGUGAAUCUCCAAC